GGCGCGGGCGGGCGUGCAUGCGGACGUGGGCGCCUAAUCCCCAUCGCGCCGGAAACCCAGCCAGUGGCGGCGACUCUGCUUCUCACCCACCCAAAUCGCUGCAACUUCUCCCUCCCGCGACACAGGAGCUGGCGGCCAUGAAUCCCAAGGAGCUCUUCGGGCUUUUCGUCGGAAAGGAGCGUGGGGAGGCCAUUCAGGAUCUGGAGAUCUCCCUGCGGGCCAAGGUUUCGCUCCUGUUUUCACUUUGUUGCUGCCACUAUAACUGGACUGGUGCUGGACUGGUGGUUUCUUGCUUCCCUUUGCAGGGAUCGCUCACACAGGCGGAGGACGCCACGCUGCGGAAAUUCAGCACCGCCGCCGACGUGGCCUACGCUGCGAGCUCUACGUUCUUCACUCUUCCUCUCUGUUUUUCCAUAAAUAAAGGUGCCUCGACCUCCAUUCCAUCUAUAAUCAUGAGAUGUGAAUUGCCCUUCAACCUAGUACGCGAUGAUAGAUACAGUUAUUUGUGAGCUACAACUCUAAAUGAAAUCCUAUUCUGGACGAAGAAACUUUUUAUUCGACCCAGUGGUCCAAGUUAUAUGUUCCAGCAAAGAUUAGGGGAUCUGUCAAAUUAGAUAAAGAAUGUAAAAAAAUCACUACUGCUUCCUUUGUCCCAUAAUGUAAGUCGUUUUUUGACACUAGUGAUUAUGGGACGGAGGAAGUACGUAGUUGUUAUUUGCCAGGUUGGUAAGUUAUUCAGA